AUGCCUCUCCAAAACUUGCCGCCCGAGAUCCAAUGCCGGAUAUUCUCCUAUCUGGUCACCAAUGACGGACCGUCGCACAUCUAUGCAGUACUGAAAACCUGCAAACGGCUUCGGGAUGUCGCUCUACCAUUCUCUGUGCAAACUUUCAGGAACACGUCGACACCCUUUGACCCUGACUCCUCUGGUCAAGCCUCUAGUACGCGCAACAUCCGGUUCUUGCGCUAUAUCUUGAUGACGAAACCGGAACUUGCCAAAAAUGUCAAGACCAUAAUUUUGGGCCAAUUCGAAUCACCGAGCGAUGACGAGGAGGAGGAAAAGGAUGCGAGUAGUCAAGACAACGAGGAUAUUGACCAUGAAGACGAGAGCGAUCAAGAUGACGUGGCCAGUGGCCCAGCAAGUGAGAGCGGCGGCCAAAAUGACAGACAAGGCACCGAAAGAGACGGCAGAGAGAGUGGUGACGGAGAAGAGAUUUCGAAGAUGGGCAAAGAAUGUCUCAAAGAAGCUGAGUUGGCUUUAUUUAAGCAAAGAAUUGACGAAGCUCUCACCCCAGAAACGGACGACGAUUACGAAGAAGGGAGAGCACUAUGGUUUCGCGCCUGCCUAAACAUUGAACGGCUGUACUUUGCGGAGCCGGACAGCCCGAGAAACUUUUUGCGUGUGUUGAAACUAGCUGGUAACACUCAAAAUGGUCAGACCAGGCCACUAUCGAACUUGCGCGAGGCAUAUCACGAAUCUGAAGAUGAUUCUUAUGGGUAUCUGCUGGUUUACGAACAAGCCAUUCCUUUGUUUCGCAUACCCUCUAUCCGAUCUUAUGAAUGCGUUCUAGCUAACGGAAGCGAUGAGGCUGGUCGUGCAUUUGCCGAUAUACCGCGAGGAUCAUCCUCAGUGGAAGAGAUCACACUAUACAAAUCAUUCUGCACCCCGUUAUUCAUUAAUAAUGUGUUUGGUGCCUGUAAGGCUCUCAGGUCAUUCGAGUUCACUCCGGCCGUUUCUCAUGUUGAGGACGAUCGGAUGAUGCCCCGAGACAUAAUGGAUGCCAUCUUGCCGCAUGCAAACACCUUCGAGAAUCUUCAUAUCAAUUUGGAAGAUGACGAGGAUAAGGCGUGGGCAGGCCCCGACGACAGGAUAUAUAUGGGCACUGACUUGCGCCGAAUGGUUGCACUCAAGAGGCUUGUGGCCGGAAUGCAGUCUCUCACAGGCUUUCUGGAUGGGCUACCUGACGAUAUAUGGGGUGACAGCCCGCCUUUGGAAGUCGAAGGAGCACCGAGACUCGUGGAAUGUAUCCCUGAUAGCCUCGAGCAUCUUGAGAUCCAUGGAUGUGGCAAGGCGAUACUGGAUCAAGCCGGCGAACUGCUCGGUGUAAUUGAGAGCGGCAGCCGGUUCAAGAACCUUCGGCGUGUACGAUUUCUCUUCAAUGGGGAAAAGAUUGACCCUGCAGAGGUCCAGCUAUCCUGCAACUCACCAAAUGUCACCCUCGACGUCGUUUUCCAAUCACGGCACAACCGUAUUUACGAUGUAGGCCAAAGCGUACACACUGAAGAGCGUGAUGCAAGCAACAUUUGUUCUCGUAUCUUUGCGGAGGACCUCAGGGAACAAUGGUUACAGAUCCGGGGAGGAGACGUUGGUAGUGCCACGGUAAACCAAGGUGUCUAUCGGGCCCCGGGGAUUGAUAUUCCGCUUGAAGAAGACGACCAAGAAGAGGUUAUCGAAGAAGAAGGUUCUGAUGCUGACAACGACAAUGACGACGAGGAUGACGAUUGA